AUGGAGAUAGAGCUCGUUGCAUUGUUGAGAGCAGCAUGGGUCACGGCGACGCUGCCUAUACUCGUCGCUUCCAUUCCUUCUGUAAGGCUUAAUUCGUUUCACGAAUUUUUGUUAGGGUUUGCCAAGAGAGGGAAGAUCAUGCAAUCAUCCUCACAAAAAUUCACUGUACCUCAGAAAUUCUUCUGUCAUUUUUACACAUUGGCUGUGGUUUGGACAACAUUCUUGCUCGCUGCAACUUGGUUUUAUGUGUAUAAAAUGGCACCGUUGGUGUCUGAGCCAUUGCAAUAUUCUAGUAGUGAAAGUUCAAACACUGAGAGACACAGGGUAUGGCGGUCUGUGUUUCUGCUUUUGUUGAUGGGAGUUCAAGUUUUGAGGUGCCUUGUUGAGACAAUAAAUGUAUUUAAUUAUAGUCCCUCAGCUCGGAUGCACGUUUUUGGCAACCUUGCUGGCCUACUUUUCUAUACAGCAGCACUGUUGUCACUUUGCUGUACAUUUGCACUGGAGACCUUUGUUUUUGCUUCGAACCGGGUGGUUGAGUUCAUUGUUGAAGGAAAGAAUCAGAUCCCAGCCAAAGAAUUUGAUUGGCGGGGAUUUGCCAGUCCUCUUAUGAUCCUUAGAUGGUACUCGUGGAUUGGAAUGGCUAUAUUUUUAUGGGGUUGGAUACAUCAGUGCCGUUGUCAUGCAAUUCUUCUGGCUAGUGAUCCUGGCAUAAGGUACUUCCCUUUUGAUGGAGGCAAUGAUUUCUUCAUAGCGCUCCUUUUCUUUGUAAAGAACCUCACCCUUGACAGGAGGGGAACUUGCCCGAUAGCAGCUUCUUGA